UGGCGGACAAGUUUGGACGAAUGUUUGUAUGGAUACCGCUUGCUUUCUGUUGUUUAUAGUGAAAUGAUGGUCUAAAAAGAUAUGAAGUGGACAAGAAAACUUUUAUAUUACUAGAAUCAUGGUGAAAAGACCACCCAAGUUUGGAUUACAAGGAAAACCGAAGGAAACUCGCUCAUCAGAGGAUAAUGUGCAGGUCCAGGUGAAUGGUGGGCUUCCCCCACAGGUCGAUGGACAGAUACGAUGCUUUUGCAAGCUUAGCAUCUCACAAGUUGUUUGGACAGUUCUCAAGCCACCACAACUUGCCCUGGUCAGGGUAAAGUGGUGGGGAGAAGAAGGAAAUGGAGUUUUGUUCAGGCCAUUUGAUGUAAAGAAAGGAAACCGCUCAGGAUGUCGGACAACGGCCAGGUAUCCUGUGCGCUCAGGGCCAUGUCAGUUUGCUACCUACUUGAACGACAUGGGCAGUCUGAUGUUGGACCUGUUGACUGGUCCAAACUCAGAGGUCAUAGGUCAAGCGAGCAUCUCCCAGAUUGGCCAGCUGACAAAUACUAAACCAGUGAAUGGGUUUUUCCCAGUUUUAUCAUCGAGUGGGCAAAAACUGGCAAAUCUUCAAGUGUCAAUAGUACUGGAACCAUUGAUUGCAUCUUACGAUCAGUCAGGCUCUAUCCCAACCACGGAUGCUGCAGGAGACGUAAGGCGACAUCAGGAAUCCCUGCUAGAGCCCGCCUCCUUUCACCCUAAGCCACACUCUGAUCUUCCGUCUCAGCCUGAGAAUACUGUCUUCAUUUCACCAACAUCGAAUAAAGAGAGAUUGAAGGAACAAUCAAGGUCCCAAGGAACGAGGUUCGGGGCUGACAUGAGGCAGCAGUUGAACUACGGUCUUCCGAACGGAUCUACCUCUCCUUCCCAUGGGAACCAUUCGUCAGCUGUAGCCAUUACAAUGAACGGUGAUGUGGUCAGUUUGGCCAAUGGUACUGUCGGGAACGCUGAUCUUGGAGCUAGUGGUGGCUUUGCGUAUCAUGGUGACCUGAACAACAGCAGCAAUAUGGCAAAUAGGGCAGGCUCCCCCAAAAGAGCAGCAGACAGUGGUGGUGCCGAUCUUCUCUCUGUCUUGGUCGAUCGAGGGAACAAGUUGAGGGAGGCCAUGAUCGUGUCCUCUUUACACUCAGAUCAGAAUGUGGCAGGCUCUCAGUUGAAUGCCGCUGGCAGUUCGAACUUGUUGAAAAGUCCACCAAAGUCUGGGUUCGCACCUGGUGCUGUCAACUUGGCUAUGUCACCUGCCGGCUCAGGACCAGCCAAGUCUGCCGUUGACUUUUUGUUGGGCUCGCCUGUGAGAAAUCAGGACUUCCAGCUGUAUCAGUUGAUGAAUGGGCUGAGUCCCGGCACCAGCCUGUCCUCGGAUGUAGGUCACGACCUGCUGCUGAGCGAGGCAGAGGACCCAAUGCACGACAACUCCCUCUUGCAGGAGCUCUUCUACCACAACUCUGAUUUUGAAGGUUUGGGGAUCAACGACAUCAGUGGACUGGAACCCUCUGCUCUCACUGCACCUCAUCUGUCACUCCCUGCCCGUCUUCCAGGAAGUAAUGGGCUUCACCACCCACUUACUGAGCCCGGGAACCAGCGUCCUUUAUCAAGAACCUCUUCCUUGACAAGCCUUCAGCUUUUGGAACAAGACCAGGAGGCAGCUGAAGGAAAGAAAAAGACCAAGCGGAAGGCAAGGUCACGAUCUGGAUCAAGAUCUCGCUCAAGGUCACGCUCAAACUCGCAGACGAGAUCUCGGUCCAACACGCCUAGGAAGCACACCUCAAAAGUGCUGAAACCUGAAGUGAAAGAAAGUGCAGCCAAUGCUGGUGGCAAAGAGAACAUUCCAGGGAGGACGAAAGAUACUAGUAAACUCUCAUCGAAGCCAAGGAGAAAGAUGAGGUCGAGGUCAACUUCAAGGUCACGGUCGCGGUCAAGAUCGGGGAGGAGGAAAGUGAGCGUGGAUGAAGGCAGUGACAGUGAUCGAAUGAGCACGGCGCGUUCUGAAUCUUCACGUGUUUCGUUUGAUCCAGUGCCUUCCGAUAUGAACAACCCAAAAUCAGAGGGUCUGAGUGUGGAGCGACUGACUCUGCUAGGCCGUGUCCACGUGGCCAGGGUGAAUGUGGAGCUUCUGGACGUGCUGCGGCCGGACAAUCUGGACACAUCCGACUCCAAACUGUCCGUCAGCAAGCUCCGAGGGGGUCGCCCACCCCGCCCGCUAAAGUCUAAAAAACCUUGCACCUACUUUGUGGAGUACCAGUUCCCAGUGACGUCGGUGUCCAGGGACAAGUACACAGCCAACGCCAUGGCGACGGAGGUCACGCGGGUUGCCUCCAAAAACAUUAAAAAUGGAUCCGUACUGUUCAACCACCGGACCGUGUUUCCCAUCAUGUUUGACGGCACUGUGGUGGAAAAAUGGUGGAAGGCUGCGCUGGUAUUCCGGGUGUAUUGUCGGGAGGCUGGACAGAACUCGCCAACCCUCAUUGGCAGUGGUGGCAUGUCUCUCAAGUCCAUCCUGAGAUCAGAGAAUCUAUGCGUGCAGAGGCAGAUUGAAGUUCCGGACACUCGGAAAAACGGACUGCUCAACUCAUCCCGCUCUACGUCAUUUAACAGUUCCAUGACGGGCAGGUCCAACACCCACCUUUUUGGCCACCUCAAGGUGUCUGUGGAACUGGGCUCCGACCAUCGGGAGUUUGCCACUGUGAUGGCACGCACCAAGCUGGCUGAGAUGAGCGGCAAUGUCAAGGUCGUGCCCAUCGGUCGUCCCAGCUCUGAGCAGGCUCGGCUGGUGGAACAGCUGAACCAGAACAAGGACCAGCCCGUGGUGAAGUCCCCGGUGAAGAAAAUAGGUCGUGACAAUGUGACAAGGAACUCGUAUCUGGUUUGUCGCAUGUUCUGGUGCAAUGACGCGGUACAUUCCAACGUCUGCUGGGGCACCCUGGAUCCUGAGUACAACUUCCUACAGGUUGCACCAGUACUGAUGACAAAUUCGCUAUUGGAGCGAAUGCGUGACAACUACAUGAUUGUUGAGGUCUGGGAUAAGAAGGUCUCCUCAGAGAAUGACAAGCUGAUCGGCAUGGUGAAACUGAGUCUUCACCAGUUCUACUUGUCCUUCCGGGAGCGCAAGAUCGCCAAUGCCCUGCUCAGGUCCCAGUAUCCCGUGAUGGCCGCCGACAACUACAUGCCCAUUGUGGACCUCUUUUCUGGACUUCAUUUCGGACAGCUGAAAGUGGUCCUGGCCAUGGGCUCUGAAGAGCAGAUUUCUACUUUACAAAGACUAGCCCUGGACUCGUCAGGGCUGGAGCAAGUGCCUCAAAAGCCAACGUCUUAUUUAGAGAGGCAAGACUUGCUCAACGGGGCUCCCACCCAGGCAUCGGGCUCUGGAGUGGAGCAUCAGUUUGAGGUGAUCAUCGAGGGUGUGCGAGGCCUGAAGCUGUUUGAGAGCAUGAUCUGGGGAGAGGCCGACUGCUUCGUGCAGUUCUUUUUCCCCACACAGGGAGAGUCUGGCCAGCAGGAAGGACCCAUCUCCAUCAAAUCCAUUCCUACCAUGAAGUGUUUCCGCACGGCCACCACCUUGUGUGUGCCAGACCCAACCUUCCACGACAGCUCUCGGCACAAACUGAUGCUGCCAGUUGGCACACCUGUGCAGAGGGAACUGUUGACAGCUUGCGCCAACUCUGGCGGUGGUGUGAGUGGUCUCCCUUUUGAAGUUUGGUGUCGAUACUACACGCCCAAUGUGAGAGAUCAGCUGAUUGCUAAGUGCACACUGCCGCUUGCCAAGCUUUGUGCGAUGAUCACCAUGCAUAAACGUGGGGAGCCCUGUGUUCAGUCUUUCCCCUUACGGCUUUCGCAUGUCGGUGUGGAUGGACAGAUGGAGGAUGCAGAGCUCGCGGCAAAGUCGAGAGAUGCUGGUCUGUUGGACAUAACUGUCCACUACAAGUCUCAGACUGCUCAGGUUGACUCCAACGCCCCUGUCUCCGGCCGCCAUCACGAUGGGUCACAAGUCUGUCUGUCCAUCGGUGUGCUCAGAGCCUCUGGCCUCAAGGCUGCUGCAGAUUACCUGGCAGAGCUGGAUCCCUCCAUGGUGUACCCAGCUGAUGUAGGCAUUAACGCCUAUGUGCGCAUCAAGAUUACUUUCCUGGGAAAAGAGAGUGAGAGAAUGACGAAGACGGUGGCCCGGAGCUUCUGCCCGGACUUCAACCACUACCUGGACUUCCCCUGUCCUCUGCUCAUGUCCAGCGUGCUGUCGGCUGACUCGACAAGUCUGGCCGAGCUCCUGGAGUCGGCCGAGGCUGUGUUUGAGAUCUGGCACCAGACUCCCACAGGACUCUAUAAAGAUGUCCAAUCAGAGAAGGCCCUGGGCGAGGUGUCUAUGAGACGACUGGCUCAGAGCUCUGGCGACAUCCUACUUGGCACAAGCGUGGUCCCACUCAUGUCCUUGUUAACACGAAGAACAGGUCUCUCUGGAUGGUUUGCUGUCAAUCUGCCCAAUGUGGGAUGGGCUAGACCCACACAGGGGGACCAGGGACUUGGGACUGCUCUUGAUCAGAAAAUUUGGUCUACAGCAGCAUGCACAAUUCAUUUGUACAAUAAAUCGCAGGUGAUGUCAUUGUCACUUAGUACACAAUAUCAGGCACUCGUAACUUUUGUUUUUCACCAAUUUUGUCUUUUCCUCUACCCCUCUGUUCAGGUUGUCGGUGGCUUAGAGUUGUCACUGAGGUUUGCACAUCAAGACGAUCGUGAUCGAGUAGUGGGCGUGGCCCGCAGUGUGGGCUGGUCACCCAUUGAUGUGGAGGUGGAGCAGCCAGACUGGCAGGACGAAGACAGCCACCAGCGAGUGCACAACCUGACGGUCAGUGUGGACCAGGUAUCUUUCCCUUUGUCCAGUGCCGUACUUGUCGGCCGCUCAGAACUCGAGGCUGGAACCAGGUGCUACCUGCGCUACAAGCUCUAUGAUAAAGGUGCAGUUGUGUCGAAGAGCCGAAGAGUUAAUGUCUCAGAGGGAGGUAACCUGCUGUGUACUCUGAACCACAAGCACAGUUUUAUGUUGUCUCACACAGCCCCUCUGCAGUGGUACCUGCGGGAGGAGAGGCUGGAGAUCCAAGCCUGGCUUACAUUUGGCAAGGGGCGGGCGGGGGAGAAGAAGCCUCGACAGCGUGACAAGCUCAUCGGCAGCUGCUACAUGGACCUGGAGUCCCUCACAGACAUGAGGCGCAAGCAGCAGAGGAUCAGUGGGCUGUUCCCAGUGUUCAAACCAGGCACCAGUCACCUCAAGGGCGCAUUCAUCAAGGCUCAGGUCACCUCCAGGCUGUCCACCAAUGCCAAGGAACAGAACUCAGAAAGUGACCUGACAGCUAACCCCAACGAUGUGUCUCAGUCGGGCUCGGAGACUGACCUGUCCAGUGACAAUGCCCAGCUGUUUGGUGAGCUGGGCUUGAACAACAAAUCUCCCAAAAAGAAGAGAGGUAGAGGAAAGGAUCCCGAGGCCAGCUUCUCUGUUCUCCUGGCUGUGGAGAGGGCCAUGCAUCUGCCUCUUGUUACAGAGAGAAAUCGAUCGGGCGAGAUCAACCCGACCACGUACAUCUCGUACCAGAGUGCGGAGAGGUCGAGUCCCUCGUGCAGCUCAGUGUUCCCCAACUCGGCCAACCCCGUGUGGGACUAUGCUGUGGAGACCAGGCUCAGCACUGAGUAUCUGCACAAGGAAAACAAGAACCUGGUUCUCAAAGUUUGGCAUAAGCCUUCAGAUGCUCCAAAAAGUCCAGACAAGUCCAGUGACCGUGUACUUGGGUUUGUCUCUGUGGACUUGUCUCCCCUGACCAAGGGUCUGCAUCAGAUCUGUGGCUGGUACAACAUCGUGGACUUCACUGGGCAGUGCAGAGGUCAGAUAAAGGUGAGCAUCACGCCUCAGGAAACGCCCAGGUCACUGCUACCUCAGUCCAGCCCUAGCUCAAGUUUGAUGAUGCCCAUGAUGCCAGUACCGGGGCUGAGCUUCCCUACCUGCACUCAGGCUGUGGCCUCCAGUAUAGCGGAGCAGCUGGCUAGUCUGCAGCAGCGGGUCAUGGAGAGGAUGGGAGCGCUGACCGCUGGUCAAGAUGCUGGACCCACUGCUGGUGGUGCUGCUUCAGGACAGGAGCUGAACCGGACCGGAGAGUCGUCCCAGAAGGAGGACUGGGAGUUCUCCGGUACGAGCCAGGAGGUGGAGUCAGAGCCCGCUGCCCCCUUGCACUGGCAGCCCAAGUUCAUCAACAAGCCGGACCUCGAUGACCCAUCGAAAUCCUACCUCUUCUCCUCUCUCAGACGGCAGUUGGCUGAUCUGGAUACAAUCACGCAGAAACUCAAGACGCGGCUGACCUUGACCCCUGCUGCUCCUGAUGGUGAUACAAGCUUGAACCAAGUGAACAGCGCCCGAUCUGGCGACAUUCUGACGGGCACUCAGUCGGGCCUGAGCACCAUCCACACGGCUUCGUCUCUCAUGACCACCCACGGGAGCCGCUACAACAACGCUUCCUCGUCCGAGGUGGCCACGUCGCAGGAAUCAGCCCGGAGCAGGACUGCCAACAACUCUUCUCUCCUGGAAGGGGAACCCUUGACUGUCGCGGGAGUCAGCUCUGACAGGGCUGGCAACAGUAGCAACAACAACAGCGGGAACAACGUGCACCAGAAAUUGCUGGAUUCCGGAGUGUUCUCGGCGAAAAAUUUCUCAGAGAAGUCGGCAGAAGAUGCCCCUGAAAGCCAUAGGAGCAGUGACAAAAAUAUAGAGUUGGUAGGAACAACUGAUGACAAUAUGUCCACUCUUCCAUCAGCUUUGAUCAGAAGUCUUCCUGUGCCCCCGUCUGCUGUGAACACGCUCGAGGCUGGAUUUUUAGCAGCGGCUGCAGCCAAAACUCAGACUUUGCUUCCUACGGGGGAUUAUUCUGAGAGCUCUGGUAACAGCCAUGGUUUUGUCCCUGGAACGCAGCGCAGCACGGUAACAGCGGGAAGUAUGUCAGUACAGGACGCUGGACGUAUGGAUGGUUCGAAAGAAACUAGCAGUGGGACUGGGAGUAAAGGGACAUCUAAAAAUAGUGGAAGUGGUUCGGCGUGUUCGGAGAAGAUAGCGGAAGAGUCGGUUAGAACGAGAAAGGAGAAGCAGUUGUACGAGGAGGAGGAUGAGGAUAGUGAUACUGAAGUAGAAGAAGAGGAUAAAGAAGUCGGUAGUGGACGGCAUUAUGGGAGUUACCACCGCUAUCGAGAGAUGCUGGACGAUGAGGAAGAUGAAGACGAUGUGGAAGAAGAGGGUGAGGCAGAUGAGGAUGUGGUAGAAGUUGUUCCCAGAAGCUUGAACAAUAUGUCAACUGUGUUAGCUCUCACCACGGCUGCCGAUGCUGUUGCUGCAAACAAUGGAGAAGAACCCCCUCCUGCUGCUGGAUCAAAAAUAGCUGACAACUGUGAGGAUGUUAAUACUGACGUAGAGGGUCCUCGAAAAGAUCUUGAGAAAUUAGCGUUUUCCCCAGCUUCCCCGAACGUCCAUGAGGGCACGAGUCUGUGGUGCUCAGAGGACAAUGACAGUUUUUUCCAGCAGGUUUUCGAGCGGAAUAAACAGGUGCUGAAUGAGUCGGGGGAUGAAGCCAUUGAGGAGCUGACCAUUGACAGCUGGCUACAGGGGCAGGGCGAGAGGCUGGCUGGACAUGAGAGGCUGCAGACCUGGCUAGAGGCUCAUGGGGGCAGUAGUGCUGGUGAAGGCACUCAAGGGGCUGGGGGGAGAGAUACUGAAGAGGAGGAGGAAGAGGAGGAGGAAGAAGAUGAAAAGGAUGGUGCUGUCGUGAGAGGAGGAGAAAGUGGUAGAGAUCAGGAUGAAAGAGAGAAGGAGGAGUUUCAGUGGAAGGAUGGGGAGAAGUCAUCGAAGCAGGUGCGUGAUGAAGAAGGAAGCUGCUCUAGACAGGGUUAUGAUGAGGAGAAAAUGGCGACUACAAAUGGUAGCCGGAAGCUGUCCGGAGUGGAUGUACGACUACAUCUCAACGAAGACUCUGACGCAGAGAGUGGUGAAGAGACGCUCAGAGAAGGCUACAAGAACGAUGAUGUGUGGCAGCAGAUGACCGCUCGGAACUCGAGCGAUGAGGAGACAGCCAGGGACAUGUGGACCACACAGCGGCAGCAGACAGUUGUGACUGAGUUCUUUGAUGACGAGGAACAGCAGCCGAAGUCGAACAAUGUGCCAGUGUAUGCUCAUGAUAAUGACAAUAAUGAUGACGAUGAUCAUGAUGAAGAGGAAGAAGAAAAAGAAGGAAAUGAGCGAGAAGAUGAAGAUGCAGUACUUGAUAUGUUACCGUCGUUUUCUCCCAAUGCACCUGUUAGUCUUCUGUCCAAUGUUGAGUUGGUCGAUUCAUUAAACUCCACUGCUCAUGUCAAUGGCUGGGGUUCAAAUCUCAACACUGUAGAGUCUCAGUUUAGUGAAAAUGGCAAUGCUGGAGGUGAAUACCCUUACACUCUCGUAUUGGCUGACACCCGACAAGCAUCUAUGCGCUCUAGAAACGGAGGAGGAAAAGGAAAUGGUGGAGCCCGACCGAAGGUCAAACAUCUGUUAUCCAAUGUUGAGCUAGACUCGAACCACUCCUCUCAGCGACCCAGCUCUGGCAGCAGCCUGGCAUCCCGUGCCUCAGCGACGUCCCAGCUGUCAGGAGAAAAGGCUGGCAGCCUCCGGUCUCUUGAAACAGACUCCUUCAAACCCGCGGGUGGUUCUGGUGGUGCAUCGGUCAAGUCAUCCUCUUCCCACUCUUCCGCAGCAAUGGCUACCAAUGUAGGACAUGGCUCUCAUGCUGUCUUGGACCAGUCCAACGGCAAUGGUGCUGUGAAUGAAGAGAGUGAUCGAGGCAUGAAUGUGGACGAGUUGGAGGAACUUCACCAGAACGAUGAUCGAGUGGUCGAGACCAACGUAAAUGUCAACUCCAGUAACGCCGGCCGCAUGACGCGGAAGUCUCGAUCUCAUCGCAGCAGGAAGUCGCGGCUCCACAGUGACAGGGACAGCACUCUGGACUCAGCCUACGUGGAUGGGGACUACAGCGACGGCCACACCACGCAGCCCAACAGCAUCAUCAUGGUGAACGGCAACAGCAGUGGAGUCAGUGGUGGCGUUUGUCACAUGUCCACGGAUGAGCUCACGCCCGAGGACAGUGGAUUGGGUCCCGCGGUGACCGCUGGUCUUAACGGAGAGGAGGAGGAGCCCGGGGCUGGGUUGCCCAACUUCUUCAUGCCUGUGGAGGAGCUCCAGGCCUCCAUCAGAGCUUUACAGAUGGCCACCUCGGCCGCCGUCAACGUCAGUGAGGAGGAUGUAAAGUCACAGAAUAAGGCCAAGGUCGUGUCGGAACUGGUCAACAAGAUAGCGGCACCAAAGGCCAAGGCCACUCUUGCUUCCACGAAAAACAAGAAACCACCAUCUGAAGAAGAAAAAGAAGGAAAUGAGCGAGAAGAUGAAGAUGCAGUACUUGAUAUGUUACCGUCGUUUUCUCCCAAUGCACCUGUUAGUCUUCUGUCGAAUGUUGAGUUGGUCGAUUCAUUAAACUCCACUGCUCAUGUCAAUGGCUGGGGUUCAAAUCUCAACACUGUAGAGUCUCAGUUUAGUGAAAAUGGCAAUGCUGGAGGUGAAUACCCUUACACUCUCGUAUUGGCUGACACCCGACAAGCAUCUAUGCGCUCUAGAAACGGAGGAGGAAAAGGAAAUGGUGGAGCCCGACCGAAGGUCAAACAUCUGCUAUCCAAUGUUGAGCUAGACUCGAACCACUCCUCUCAGCGACCCAGCUCUGGCAGCAGCCUGGCAUCCCGUGCCUCAGCGACGUCCCAGCUGUCAGGAGAAAAGGCUGGCAGCCUCCGGUCUCUUGAAACAGACUCCUUCAAACCCGCGGGUAGUUCUGGUGGUGCAUCGGUCAAGUCAUCCUCUUCCCACUCUUCCGCAGCAAUGGCUACCAAUGUAGGACAUGGCUCUCAUGCUGUCUUGGACCAGUCCAAUGGCAAUGGUGCUGUGAAUGAAGAGAGUGAUCGAGGCAUGAAUGUGGAAGAGUUGGAGGAACUUCACCAGAACGAUGAUCGAGUGGUCGAGACCAACGUAAAUGUCAACUCCAGUAACGCCGGCCGCAUGACGCGGAAGUCUCGAUCUCAUCGCAGCAGGAAGUCGCGGCUCCACAGUGACAGGGACAGCACUCUGGACUCAGCCUACGUGGAUGGGGACUACAGCGACGGCCACACCACGCAGCCCAACAGCAUCAUCAUGGUGAACGGCAACAGCAGCGGAGUCAGUGGUGGCGUUUGUCACAUGUCCACGGAUGAGCUCACGCCCGAGGACAGUGGAUUGGGUCCCGCGGUGACCGCUGGUCUUAACGGAGAGGAGGAGGAGCCCGGGGCUGGGUUGCCCAACUUCUUCAUGCCUGUGGAGGAGCUCCAGGCCUCCAUCAGAGCUUUACAGAUGGCCACCUCGGCCGCCGUCAACGUCAGUGAGGAGGAUGUGAAGUCACAGAAUAAGGCCAAGGUCGUGUCGGAACUGGUCAACAAGAUAGCGGCACCAAAGGCCAAGGCCACUCUUGCUUCCACGAAAAACAAGAAACCACCAUCUGUUGAAGAAGCAAAGAGAAUUGCCAAAAUUUUCUCAUCUAAGAUGUCGUGAUCUGGGAACAUUUGAGAGUGCGCUAAUUCUGUCUUGAAUAUGUACAGGGGAAGAUCUACAACGGAGAAAAUUAUUAUUUUCUUGGAAGAAAUGGUUAGCUGUGAUCACUUCACAGACUCGGAAGAAAAUGUGUCUAUUUAAGGAUAGGUGUUUGUGUAUGUGUUUGUGACUCUGAUCAUGGGGCAUGCUGUUAGCUCAGUUAGUGUUGUGCUUGGCUACAAUUCGGAUGACUUUGGUCGAAUCGAUGAUGGGGCAAUCUUGAAUUUGGGUUGCUGUAUGAGUUUUCAAGGCUCUCCACCAACUUGGCUGGGUCCUAUUUGAGGAGGGGAAUUGAUCUGUUAGAUUUGGGGGUCCAGCCUCAGAGUAACCCUGUAAUGUUGAAAGUUGUUAAGGCUUGAACUGUACCAUGACUUUGAUAAUGAUUAUUUUCUGGCCGUUAUCAGUUUGACUGCGGCUGCUAAUUACUUGUGAUGCAAGCAUGGGAUUGCCAUGUCACGUCACAGAUAGAAAGUCAUUUAUGUCUUAUUCUGACUUUGCACCUUCUAUCACACAUACACACACACACUCAGACACACAAAUAUAAACACACACAGACUCACGCGCAUUCACAC